AUGUUCUUAAGGGAAACCUUUCCAGAAGCAAUUGAUAAGAUAAAACGUAUAAUUGCAGAUAAAGUAUAAUAAUUGAUAGAUAAAGGAAAAACUCAUAGAAGGAGACAUUAAUAAACUAGCAAAGUUGAAACAUACUUAAUCAGAAGAUAUCAGCAAACUUUUUGAGGAAUUUAAUUAUUUGCAUCAAACAAUAUAAGAAGGUAAAAUAAAUAACAUAAUUAUUUAUUUUUAGUGUUAGAAUCUAAUGAUUAAUAGUAUAUUUAUAAAGCCUUAGAAUUAUUAGAAUCUAAAAUAAUGAAAGGAUCAUUUAAAUAAAUGUAAAAUUAAGAAGUGGAUUUUUUUAUGAAAAGCGUUUAUAGAUUAUUUCAAGAAAAAUCAAAUCCUCAUAAAAAAGAAGAAUCAAUAUAAUUAUUAAGUUUAAUGAGAAGUGUUAUAUCUGAAUAUCUAAUAACGAUGAUGAAUGAUUAAUUAGAACAGUCCUUCGAUUUAUUGGAUAAAGAACUAUUUUUCACUUAAUCAAAACAUACUCAUAUUAAUGCAAAAGAGAGAGUAGAAUAUAUGUAUAUAUAAUUAAUCAAUAUAUUUAGAGAAUCAUUAUAACAUAUGGAAAAAUAUUUUAGAUACAUAAUUUGA